AUGAAUGGCGGCGACCUGAAGAAGGCUGCAAACGCCGCUGCAAACGGAGCCGUAGGGAAGAAACGCAGGAAGGCUUCGGAUCUCAAGCCUAUCAUCACCAACGAAGAGACUGAUCCCGCCGCGGCCAUGCCUAGCUCCCAGUCUGCACAAAAAUUCUCGUACAGCUCGCCCCUGUCGCGCGCCUCCUCGUCUUCCACCGACGGGGACGUGGACGCCGCAGACGAAGAAGACUCCGAAGACUACUGCAAGGGCGGCUACCACCCCGUCACCGUGGGCGAGACCUACAACAACGGGCGCUAUAUCGUCGUCCGCAAGCUCGGCUGGGGCCACUUCUCAACCGUCUGGCUCUCCCGCGAUACUACGACGGGGAAACAUGUGGCCCUCAAGGUCGUGCGCUCAGCAGCCCACUACACGGAGACCGCCAUCGACGAGAUCAAGCUGCUCAACCGCAUAAACAACGCCAACCCGAACCACCCGGGCCGCAGGCAUGUCGUCAGCCUGCUCGACUCGUUCGAGCACCGUGGACCCAACGGUGUGCACGUCUGCAUGGUCUUUGAGGUCCUGGGCGAGAACCUGCUCGGUCUCAUCAAGCGCUGGAACCACAGAGGCAUCCCAAUGCCACUCGUCAAGCAGAUCACCAAGCAGGUUCUCCUUGGACUAGAUUACCUGCACCGGGAGUGCGGCAUCAUCCACACUGACCUGAAACCCGAAAACGUGCUGAUCGAGGUCGGCGAUGUCGAGCAGAUCGUCAAGUCGUGCGUCAAGGACGAAGAGAAGAAGCACGACGGCAGAGACGAUAAUCGCAACGGCCGAAGAAGGCGGAGGACUCUGAUCACGGGCAGUCAGCCUCUGCCCAGCCCGCUGAGCGCCAGCUUCAGCGGAGGGGACCCUUUCCGCAGCGUCCCCCCGUCCAUGCAGAGUUCCCACAGCAGCCUUAAUCAGGUUCUCGCCGAAUCCCCUCUAGUCUCCGCCACUCCUACCACUCCGGUGCCGCAUUCUAUGAAAGAUAAGCUAGGUAUAAAGGAGCCGGACGCGGCUGCUGAUGAAAAACAAAAACAGAGAGAAAAAACUACCGACCUGCUUGAACGAGAAGUGUCAGGCAUCUCCCUCAAUAAGGACACAGACCAGACCAUGGCAGACGACCAGUAUAACAUCGACAUCAUCUCUGUCAAGAUAGCCGAUCUUGGCAAUGCCUGCUGGGUCGGACACCACUUCACCAACGACAUCCAAACCAGACAGUAUCGCUCCCCGGAAGUCAUUCUGGGCGGUAAAUGGGGCGCCAGUACUGACGUCUGGAGCAUGGCUGCUAUGUCGUUCGAACUCAUCACGGGCGACUACCUCUUCGACCCCCAGACUGGCACCAAAUACGGCAAAGAUGAUGACCACAUCGCCCAGAUCAUCGAGCUGCUAGGCCCCUUCCCCAAAUCUCUCUGCCUCUCCGGAAAAUGGAGUCAAGAAAUCUUCAACCGCAAGGGCGAGCUCCGCAACAUCCACAGGUUACGCCACUGGGCCUUGCCGGACGUUCUGAGGGAAAAAUAUCAUUUCUCCGAGGAGGAGGGUAAAGCGGUUUCGGACUUUUUGACGCCCAUGCUCGAACUCCUGCCGGAACGAAGGGCGAAUGCAGGCGGGAUGGCCAACCACAAGUAUCUCGACGGCACGAGAGGAAUGGAUCAUAUCUCCUUGAACAUUCCCGUCGGCAGUCGGGGAGAGGGGAUCGAUGGCUGGGCGUGCGAGGUCAAGAGGAGGUGA